AUGCCUUCGCAGGGAGUGCUGCCUUCGCAAGGGGUGGUGCCUUCGCAAGGAGUGUUGCCUUCGCAAGGAGUGCUGCAUUCACAAGGAGUGCUGCCUCCGCAAGGAGUGCUGCUUUCGCAAGGAGUACUGCCUUCGCAAGGAGUACUGCCUUCGCAAGGAGUGCUGCCUUCACAAGGAGUGCUGCCUUCGCUACGAGUGCUGUCUUCGCAAGGAGGGCUGCCUUCGAGAGGAGGGCUGCCUUCGCAAGGGGUAAUGCCUUCGCAAGUAGUGCUGCCUUCUCAGGGAGUACUGCCUUUGAACGAGUGCUGCCUUCCAACGAGUGCUGCCUUCGCAAGGAGUGCUGCCUUCGCAAGGAGUGCUGCGUUCGCAAGGAGUGCUGCCUUCGCAAGGAGUGCUGCCUUUGCAAUGAGGGCUGCCUUUGCAGGGAGUGCUGCCUUCGCAAGGGGUGGUGCCUUCGCAAAGAGUGCUGCCUUCGCAAGGAGUGCUGCCUUCGCAAGGAGUGCUGCCUUCGCAAUGAGGGCUGCCUUUGCUGGGAGUGCUGCCUUCACAAGGGGUGGUGCCUUCGCAAGGAGUGCUGCCUUUGCAAGGAGUGCUGCCUUCGCAAGGAGAUAUGCCUUCGCAAGGAGUGCUGCCUUCGCUAGGAGUGCUGCCCUUCUAAGGAGAGCUACCUUCGCAAGGAGUGCUGCCUUCGCUAGGAGUGCUGCUUUCGCAAAGAGGUCUGCCUUCGCAGGGAGUGCUGCCUUUGCAGGGAGUGCUGCCUUCGCAAGGAGUGGUGCCUUCGCAAGGAGUGCUGCCUUCGCAGGGAGUGCUGCAUCCGCAAGGAGUGCUGCCUUCGCAAGGUGUGCUGCCUUCGCAAGGAGUGCUGCCUUUGCACAGAGUGCUGCCUUCACAAGGAGUGAUGCCUUCGCAAGGUGUGCUGCCUUCGCAAAGAGUGAUGCCUUCGCAAGUAGUUCUGCUUUCGCAGGUAGUACUGCCUUUGCAAGGAGUGCUGCCUUCCAAGGAGUGCUGCCUUCGCAAGGAGUGCUGCCUUCGCAGGGAGUGCUGCAUCCGCAAGGAGUGCUGCCAUCGCAAGGAGUACUGCCUUCGCAAGGAGUGCUGCAUUUGCAAGGAGCACUGCCAUCGCAAGGAGUGCUGCCUUCGCUAGGAAUUGCUGCCUUCGCAAGGAGGGCUGCCUCCGCAAAGAGGGCUGCCUUCGCAGGGAGUGCUGCCUUCGCAAGGGGUAAUGCCUUCGCAAGUAGUUCUGCUUUCGCAGGGAGUACUGCCUUUGCAAGGAGUGCUGCCUUCCAAGGAGUGCUGCCUUCGCAAGGUGUGCUCCCUUUGCAAAGAGUGCUGUCUUCGCAAGGAGUGCUGCCUUCGCAAAGAGGGCUGCCUAUGCAGGGAGUGCUGCCGUCGCAAGGAGAGCUGCCUUCACAAGGAGUGCUGCCUUCGCAAGGAGUGCUGUAUUCCAAGGAGUGCUGCCUUCGCUAG